AUGUUAUCUUGGGUUUGCGAGGAUCCUGUUGAGGGAUCGGAGCCUUUCGCUCUGCUUCGAGGCGAAGACUCAGAUGAGGAGCCGACUGGGACCGUUGUGAAAGCAUCCGUCGAUCCGGCACCGCUGCCAAUUCCGGACAUCCAUGACAAGUGGCAAGUGGUUGCUGGCGACGCUUUCAUGGCGAUGUGGUGUACCAUUCCGGGUGCUUCGCUUUUUGCAGCCGGGUACAUGGUGAGGCACUACUUGAUCCGGCGCUGGCAGAUCAUUUUUCCAAAGGAGCAGACCCUAGCCAAGAGGCUGCGGUCUGUCGUCUUCGGGGAGGCGCUGGCUUGGAUCAUCCUGGUCACAGCGACGCUGGAGGAUGCCUGGUUCGUCUUCAUGAACGACGCGACCUUCACGUCCCAGUACUACAAACCCAGCGAGAAGGUCAUGACGGUGGCCGAGGAGGCGCAAGCUGACUUCGCUUUUGCUCCCAUCUACAUCGUCAACAACAUCUGCCUCCUCGGUGCCUUCCUUUUGCUGCGGAUCCUGCUGAUUCAGACGGUCGAGGUGGCGGCCGAUGUUCACACCCACAAGGUUGCAGCCAGGAUGCAGCCAAAGCUGAACAACUUCAAGCAUGCCGGCAUGGGAAAGAGGGCCCACGAGGUCUUGCAGAGGCUGCAGACUGCCUUUCCCGACUGCUACGAAAGAGAG